CAUGGAAGGAAUGGGUUAAGGAUCUCUGUCCAUUAUGCUGAGAUGGGAGAAUUCAUCAUCCAUAUACGUCAUGUUUUGAGCAGACAGGAAGAUCUCUAGAGCUAGUGCUUCUUUCUUGGGGCAUAUUUGGGAGUUUAUUGCUGUGAGUUUGCCAGCAAACAUGCUGUCUUUCCUCACAAGAAAAGUGUCUGUAUCAAAUCUUCUGGACCUUAAACUUUACUGCCUCCUCCUAAAUCUUUGUUUGUGUGUGACAGCUUGGCCACAUGUUCCCACGGCAGAUAACUGCCCGAGCUCCAGGUGGAACGUCAUGUGCCGUCCGUGUUGUGAGUACCACCUGAUCCAGUGUCUGUGUCCCUCAAAAGGGUCAAAGGUCGGCUACACUGUUCCCUGCUGCCGCAAUGCUCUGGAUCAGUGUGACCCCUGUAUCAUUCAUCCAGGCUGCAGCCUGUUUGAGAACUGCAAAACCUGCCACAACGGAACAUGGAAAGCCAAUGAUGACUUCUUUGUGAAUGGAAAGUUCUGUACAGAGUGCCGCCAAGGCUGGAGUGGAGGAGAUUGUAAAACAUGCGGAGGCGUCAUUCAGCGGGCUCAGGGUCACAUAGUCGUGGAGAGUUACCCAACAAACGCUCGGUGUGAAUGGACAGUGCAAGUGGAGAGGAGCAGCAGCAUCGAGCUCAGGUUUUCACUACUCAGUCUGGAGUCUGACCAUAACUGUCGAUACGACUAUGUCGAGGUGCGUGACGGCGACGAUCUGAGCUUCCCUGUGAUUGGCCGAUAUUGUGGGGAUCAGCUGCCUCCUCCAAUAAUAAGCUCUGGGAACGUCUUGCACAUCCUGUUCGUCUCAGACGGAUACCACAACUUUGAUGGAUUUGUUCUUGCUUUUCAGCAAAGUUCAGCCAUCAAGACUCCAGUGUGUGCACCCCCAGAGAAACCGCUGAAUGGAUAUUUGCUGCCUGUAUAUGGACCAAAUCAAGAGCUUGUGUCUGUAAAGUACCGGUGCCAUCCAACUUUCACUCUAAUCGGCUCCCAGAAGAGGAUCUGUCUGCCUAAUAGCACGUGGAAUGGCACAGUUCCCACAUGUGUAAAAGAUACUCAUACAGGCCAAACGAGCAGAGUCCGGUGUUCCACUCCACCCAAAUUGCUCAAUGGCUACCACAGACCUGCCCCUGACACAGCUGGAGGCACACAGGCCAUUGGGUUUUUUUGUAAAAAGUCCUACAUUCUGAGUGGAAACCACCAGAGUACCUGCCUCUCUAAUGGAUCCUGGAGUAGCAGGCCACCCAAGUGUGUAAGAGCAUGUCGAGAGCCCAAAGUUUCUGAACUUGUGCAGCAAAGUGUUGUGAAGCCACAUAUGAUAUCAAGAGAAAAUCCUGACCAAAGAACCCGGCUCUCAUCCAGGUACCACAUGCACGAUUUGUUAUCAGCUGGUUUUAUCCCAUUUACAUUGGACAGACAGUCAAACAGAGAUGACAGCACCUUCGUGGAGCUUCCUCGUGGCUUUCACCAAGUCCACACGAGCAUCGAGUACAAGUGCGCCUCCUCUCUCUACCACAACACCGGAAGCUCCCGGCGCACCUGUCUGAAGUCUGGCAGGUGGAGUGGGCGCCAUGUUUCCUGCUCACCAGUUUGUGGCAAAUUCGUCACUUCUACUCUGCACAACCUCACAGACACGCUGUGGCCGUGGCAUGCAGCCAUCUACAUCCGCUCACCUCCUGAUCACACUGGCAACACCCACAGGCUACGUGGACUAACCACGUCUGUCCAGCAGGGGGCCUCAGAGGAGUCCUCAUUCUGGUACCUUGCCUGCAGCGGGGCUCUGCUCACACAGCGUGGCGUCCUGGUGGCAGCUCAGUGUGUGGUAGACAAGGACAAGCAGCAGACCCGUCACCCAGCACAUGUGAAGGUUGUCAUGGGCUUGCAGUACCAGACAUCCAAGGACCGUCUGAAAGGCCUGCACCACCUCAGGGUUUCAGACAUUUUAGUCCAUCCAAAUUUCUACUCUGCACCGGAGUCCAGUGUGGCUGUGCUCAAGCUAAAGGACAAGGCCAAGAUCAGUGAGCGUGUGUUGCCAGUGUGUCUUCCCAAAGUGCAAGGCGGAGAGGUGACCGCACAGGAGGCUUACAUGGCAAGGUGGAUUUUACCAAAUGAUCACAGGCACCUGAGCCGCUACACUCCCUCAAGCCAGACCAGACUUGUUGAGUUGGGUGAUGUUGUUCAUUGCGAAAGACAAUUUGCUCAAGGAGGAGCACACACCACAACGAUCAGUGAUAAUACACUAUGUGUCCUUACAAAGCCACUCAGUCCCCAAAGCCCUUGUCCUAGGAUUAUUCCAGGUAUUUCGACCAUAACAGCUGAGUUCUCCCCCACAAGUGGUGUCUUCCCGGGCCACGAGCAGACUCAGGGAGCACUGGGCACAGGAUGGCAGCUUCUUGGCUUAGAGAGUUUUAGCGACAAGGAAGAGAACUGCCACCAACAGACUCACACAGUUCAGACACGAAUAGCCAACUUUCGAGACUGGAUAGAGAAAAACAUGAAGUAGUUAUUUUUUCUUAUCUUGUGUAAAGAUGAUUUUCUCAGCUUAAAUCUUCAUUUAUUUACAGUUUUAUAAAACUCACAGUGGAAAUUGGAGAGACUGGAGAGUGAAAACAGUGAGAACACAACAUUUGUUGAGAUAAUUUUGUCCCAGCUAUCUGUGUCAUGUUCGGUGAUAACUGUUUUCCUGGCACUCUGUACUUGUGUCUCUCGUGUGUGCAUGUUAUUGUUGUAUUUGGGCCACAUCCACUUCCAACAACUCAAUGUGAGCUGGUUGAUAAAUACACCCACGGACUCAUGAUCUCUGCAUGUCGUGUUUGUUAGGUGUAUUUUUUGAGAAUGUUAAAGACAAAGA